GUAAACUGUGAUUUUUUUCCUGUAACCUUUAUUAUGUAUAUUUACGGAGCAAUGAAUGGCGAGGCGUAUACACGAGGGAACUGAAACUCUGAAAGGAUAAACAAUCAUAACUAUUUCAUUUUCGAGGUUCCGCACAUUCCAGAUACUCUUGUAUAAAUAUUUUGCGUCGAUUGUCAGAUAACAAAGCCUUUUGAAAUGGAAAGUUAACAAAUUCUUUGUAUUGUUUUGGAUUGAAAAAAAGUUGAAUAUGAACAUAAGAAAUCACAGGCACACGAGGGGUAACCUAACAAUCAAUGAAGUAGGCAGAAAUCAUGAAUGACUAGUGUUCAACAUCUUAGCAUAGACAGACAAAAAAAAAAAAAGGCUAGUGAUUUCUUUUCUUCUGCUUAACUUUUGAGAAUAGAGUUAAUGAUACUUGUUGCAAAGUGGAGGUGAAUUCAGGAUUGAAGCUUUUAAGAUUUUUAGCCUAGAAAUUAUUUUCUUAAAGUUACGGAUUUUAGAUGAACCAGAUACCUGAAAGCUCCAUCCGGCUCAGUAGGUAGCCUGUCUUUGUAGUCGAAGUGCCCAAAGAGAAAAAAAUGGAAGAUGCACGAGCAAUUUCCUGGAAGAUGAAUUUUGAAUAACCCGAUUUCCAUAGGCAAAUGAAUUGCGAUGAAAUGGUCUUUCUUCAAACUAAAUAGAAGCACUUCCCGCCAAAGGUUAAGUCCUACUGCACUAUCUCAAUUAUCUGUCUCUUUGCUUCUUGUUGUUGUUGUUCAUAUGAAGAGAGGUAGCCGAGAAGUUGAGCGGAGUAUACUCCAUCUACUCCACGGCCAAAAAUCUCGAACUCAACUCACUCAAAUCCAUGGCCACAUCCUUCGCCACAACCUUCACCACUCUAAUCAGCUCAUCUCUCACUUCAUUUCCAUAUGCGCCUCUCUUAACAGAAUGCUUUACGCUUCCCUCAUAUUUCAACACUUUCAAAAUCCCAAUAUCUUCCUUUUCAACUCCGUCAUCAAAGGUUACUCCUUAAAUGGCCCUUAUCAAAAUUCUGCCGUCAUUUUUUCCUCUAUGAAACGACGUGGCAUUUGGCCUGAUGAGUUCACUCUUGCUCCUUUACUUAAAGCUUGUGUUAAUCUUGAGGAUUUGAGAUUGGGUCAAGGUGUACAUAAGCAUGUGCUCUCACUUGGGUUUGAGAGAUUUGGGUCGAUAAGGGUUGGGGUUGUUGAGUUGUACUCUGGAUGUGGGAGGAUAAAUGAUGCGAAGAAGAUGUUCGAUGAAAUGCCUCAAAGAGAUGUGAUUCUUUGGAAUUUGAUGAUUAAGGGUUAUUCUCAAACUGGAAAUGUGGAUAUGGGAUUUUUGUUGUUUAGGGAAAUGGGUGAGAGGACUGUUGUUUCUUGGAAUUUGAUGAUUUCGUCGUUAGCACAAAAUGGGAGGGAAAAGGACGCUUUGGAACUUUUUCAUGAAAUGAGGAAUAGUGAGUUUGAGCCUGAUGAAGCUACUGUAGUUACUGUGUUACCUGUUUGUGGUCAAUUAGGAGAGCUUGAUUUGGGAAUGUGGAUUCAUUCUUAUGUUAAGUCUAAAGGCCUUUAUCCCAAACUCGUAUCCGUUGGCAAUGCAUUGGUUGAUUUCUUUGGAAAAUCUGGUGAUUUGGAGACUGCUUUUACGAUAUUCAAGGACAUGCCUAGGAAAAAUGUAGUUUCUUGGAAUGCGGCGCUAUCAAACUGUGCUUUUAACGGGAAGGGUGAAUUGGGAGUCCAAUUGUUUGACGAGAUGUUAGAUGAAGGUGUGAGACCUAAUGAUUCGACUCUUGUGGGUGUUUUAGCAUGUUGUGCCCAUGCAGGUUUGAUUCAAAGAGGGGGAGAUUUGUUUGAUUCUAUGAUUGCUAAUCAUGGUAUAGAGCCAACAAUUGAGCACUAUGGAUGCAUGGUUGAUCUUCUAGGUCGUGGUGGUUGUCUAAAAGAGGCUCAUAAACUGGUGAAAACCAUGGCAAUGAAACCGAAUGCUGCUAUAUGGGGUGCAUUGGUUAGUGCUUGUCGUACUCAUGGUGAAAUGGAGCUCGCCGAAUGUGCACUCAAGGAACUUAUUAAACUUGAACCUUGGAAUUCCGGUAACUAUGUAUUGUUAUCCAAUAUUUAUGCUGAUAGAGGAAAAUGGGAAGAAGUUGAAAAGGUGAGAGUGUUGAUGAGGGGAAAUAGCAUUAAGAAAUCACCAGGACAGAGCACAGUUGUUUGAUCGUUUGUUGACUUUAUUCAUCAUGUGGCUAGUCUUUAGCUGCACCCUAGACUAUUGGGUGUUUGCUCAUUGCAUCAAGAUAUGGCCCCUUGCUUCUAUGAACAGAUCUUUUCCUCAACUAAAUCAAUGAAUGGCAAUAAUCCCCAAGGAGAGAAACAUAUUGAAGGGAUUUUGACUUUCUUUGAACUUUGAAUGCAUGAAAGUGAAUUGAACUUGAAGAACCCCGCUUUGCAGUUUAGACAGUAUGAUGCAAGUCUAAAGUAAAAAAAGAGAGCUCCAUAUGGCCUUAGCUCUGAAACUGGAAUUUGGUUGAGCCAUUUUUCCUGGCUUUUAUUCCCGUAUGAUUUAACUGUUUUGUCUCACUUUUUUUUUUUGAUUGGGAAAUUGAAAGCAAGAGGGGUUGAGUUGCUGAUAGUAUUUUGUGAGUUAUGGCAGUAAUGUUAUAGUUUAGACAUGGGGUAGAAGAGGAGAAUGGAAAGAAACUUGCUAGAUGUGCAAGUCACCACUUCUAGGCUCCAUCUCCUGUUUCCUGUUUUGUUGUAUUUCUCUUCAAUUGAUGUACUAACAAAGAGUAAAAAAGAUACUCCUAGUUAAAAGAUCAAAUUGGGUCUUUUUUCUUCUUUUUAUAAGCGAAGAAAUGGCCAAUGGGUA